AUGGAAGAAAAUAAUCCUCCACAUACACCUACUUUGACUGUUGAAGCUAUUAAGAAUGCAGUACUUCGAUUGUAUUGCCUUGAGGAUAUAUCUGUUGUGGGGAAACUUGGCAGUGGGUUUUAUGCCAACGUCUAUCUGGUCUAUCAUCGUCCAACUAAACGCAAAAUGGCCCUUAAAAUAUCUCCCUCUGGAAAUAUUCAGCGUCGUGAGAUCGAGCUUCUUCGGGGAUUACGACACGAAAACGUCCAAAGACUAUAUGGUGCUUGCAUAAUCAGUGGGAAAUUAGCGUGCUUAACCGAAUACGCCAAAGGGGGCAGCCUAGUGGAUCUUUUGACAGCUACCUCGGCGCCAUUGCCCUGGAGAUGCCGCGUGAGUUUGGCGCAUGACAUAAUUCGUGGCUUGAACCAUCUGCAUGAACACCUCCUCAUUCACCGCGACUUAUCCUCUCAGGUGCGCUCUCCACUUUUUUGUUUGCUUCAUGUGUUCUUCCGACGCAGCUCAGGUUGA